AAGGGUAUUUGCGUCAGUCUGCAUGGCAGAUGAUCUUUCUAUAUAUUUCUAUGGAUCUGCCAAAAAAUUAGUACAUCAGCGAGCAGCCCUUUCCUGGUGUUAAUGAAUUAGCAUGAGUAGUGCACCAGAAAACAAUGGCGGUGAUGAGCCUGGAAGAAAACAAUCUUCAACACUGAAGCUUUUCGGUUUUCCUGUUGCUGCUGGUUAUGACAAGGUGCCUGUAAUUGUUCCACAUAAUGGUACUGAUUACAAGAGAUUUGAGUGCCAAUUUUGUCACAGAGGGUUUGCCAAUUCUCAAGCUUUAGGUGGCCAUCAGAAUGCGCACAAAAGAGAACGACGAGCUACACAAGCCUCGUUUUUUAGUGUUCAUCAACGACAGCGGUUCGUGACUACUGGACCGCUUAUCAAGGCGCAUUCAGCUCGAUCAAGGCGGUUGAUUUAUGACAGAGGGUCCACAAGCAUGACUGCCAGAGGUCUUUCAGCACCAUCUUUGCCAAUGCUACCUCUAAAGGGUUCUUGUCCCUUUCAUGUUGGCGGGCUGGCGCAACAGGGUCAGGGACCUUUUCAAGUACAAACUGAGGUUGGCGUGGGCUCAACAUCGGAUUCAUCGGUAGCUACAGAAGUAAAUGAAGAAGAUAACAUUGAUCUUCAUUUGCGGCUAGCACCAGCCACUACUACCUCAAGAUGAGCCACUGG